AUGGCGAGGGAAACUAAUACAAGGGCAACGCAUCUCCAACCUGAGAAAAGUCAAGCCAGCUCAAAUCAUGGAGAGGAUGACAACAAUCAUGCAUCAUUUCACCCGCACCACAUCACACUCGAGACCUUCCACAAGCUGCUAUCCCACUACCCUUCAACGGUAGAGCGAGUGCACCGGGACAAGCUGAUACUGAAGCUGCAGUCGAAGGCAGGGAAGGGAUCAAAGCGCAAGGCGGAUACGAAGGCAGAGUUCGACCCGUCCGACGAGAAACAAAUUCUCGAAGAGACGGAUAAGUUUCUUCAGCUUGACCGGUGGCGGUACGAGGUUCUGCCGAAGAUUAUCGCGGAGCGGGCGAAUGGGGUUGGUCAGAAAGCAGUUGCGCCGAAGGGAGUGCAUUUGCUCAAGGAGGAGUUAGUGGACAUCGUGGAAUGGAAGACAAAACAUGGAGUCUCCCGUCCCAUGCUUAUGGGAAUGGUGAAGACUAACCAAGUCGCGACAAUCACCAAGUCUACAUCUACAGCUUUCGCCGCCCUCCCGGAUGUGGACCCUGUAGUUGCACCAAAUCAUGCAUUCCCCAGAGCUAGUCUGGACUCCCUUACAGCCCCUAUCCGUGGCGUUGGCCCGGCUACUGCAUCCUUGAUUUUAUCCAUCGCCACGGUCUUCGGUGAUGCCAAGAAACAAGUUCCUUUUUACAGCGACGAUGUGUACCUUUGGCUAUGUUUGACUGAUUUUCCAGAAGGUCCGGAUUACAAAAAGCAGAAGCCUUCUAAAUACAAGAAGCCCAAUGGGGAGUUGAUUGCUAAGUACAAUUUGAACGAGUAUCGAGACCUCUGGAAUGCCGCACAGGCGCUGCGGGCACGGCUGAACGAUGGCGUUGGAGAGAGUUAUAGGGAUGGACCUGUGUCAUUUAUUGAUAUUGAGAGGGCUGCUUAUGUGCUCCGCAAUAUCGCUGUCUCGGAAUACUAUGCCAGUCAAGAACCGGAGGCUCGUUUAAACACUGUGAAGGAUGUGGUGGAUAACCAGCUUCCAAAGGAAUCAAAGAAAGCAGUUGAUGAGCUUGGCACAAGGCGUAGUAAGAGGAUAAAGCAAGAAGCUAUGUGA